GUAGUAUAUAGCAGCGAACCAUCCGAAGUCCAAGCCGGUCGUUGACUUUGCCGCGCGCUCUUCUGCCGAACGACGACCACGACCGCAGCCGCAGCCACAGCCGCCGCCGUUUCUUAUCGUCGUCCACUACACACACACACACACACAGUCAGCCCCGUCAGCCGUUUACGGCCGCCCGCAACUGCACUGUAAGCCCUCUGUUCGGCGGAUACCUCCUUUUAACCCCAGUGCGUGCCCACGGCCAUGACCGCUUGCCGUCGUCGCUCGUCCGAGUGUACCACCGCGUAAUCACCACGUGUGCACCAGUUGGCCGCGUCGAUCGGCCGUGCAACGCGCUCAACGCCGCCUCAGAUCCCGCCGCCGCCGUCACCAUGAGCGUUGCCGCCAAAGGGACUGCCGGCCGCCACCGUUCCGGCCAGUUCUUGUACAAGCUAUUGCGGAUGACCAUUUACUUGUUGGCCCUGUGCGAAUGCACUAGAACCGAACAGUGCGGCGGCAACGGCGAGUCGCUGAAAUAUUUGUGGGGUGACGCUCUCGCCGACCGGUUGGACUGUAUCGGUCCCAACGGUAAACCUUAUCCAGAAUCAAUUGUAUCUGGUACAUUUAGACGAACCAACAGUUGGGGUUCAUCCCGGACGGGAAGGGACGCUUUUCAUUCGAGCCCAAAACCUAGCCCGGAAACGGUACGAGAAACGUUGUUGAAAAAUUACAAGUUCAACAACCACCAAGAAGAACUAACCAUCAGUAGAACAGCUCGAGAUUACGGAUCGACGGUUGUCGGCCGGGACCGCGACCUUUGCCAAUCGCCCAACCGCCUUUGUCGCACCCGGUACAACACGACCGCACCCAUGUACGGGGUGUCGCUGACGUCCGGCCAGCCCGUGACCAUCGUGCAGAAGUUCCCAGACCUGUUACAGCAAGUCGUCUACGAAGUUUGCGAAUCGAACGAAUGCGAUGUGGUCCGAGGGGAAUGCACUCAGACUUACGUGCCGUACUUGUUCCUGGUGAUACCUCUUGGGCCGGUCACGUUGACCGGUCAGGACUACGUGUUGGUGGAGAGCGGUUGUGUGUGCAAACCCAAGGUCUCCCGGGCCGCCUCUCACGAGUUGGUCGCCACAAUCCCUGCUAUGCCUCGCCCGUAAGCACCGUUGGUCGCAGCUCGACAACAAGUUGUGUAUAAUAUUGACCUCUGUACAAAAUCAUUUUUUACCAAAUACAAAAUAAAAACAUUACAAGUACAUACAAACAGGUCCGGGUAAUAAUGAUCGUUUUCCAUGACAGCAACGGGGAAAAAUUAUUUGUAUACAAAAAAUAAAUAAAAUGAAUAUUAAAAAAAAACCCUUUCAAAUGUAACUAUAGUAGUUCUAAACAAUAUUAUUCGUCUGUGCGAUAGAUAAUUUUAUUUGGCUAAUUAUUACAACGAAAAAUAAACACUGUUCGUGUGCAUAAUUUAAUUUUUAUAUAAUAUAUAAAACCAAAGCGUAGGUAAAAUAAUUUAAGACUAGGCAUCCGACGCUAUAACGUGUUUUUGAAAUUGUUUUCCAAGCUCACAAAUAAAAAUUUACAAAUAAUUAUGGUUGGAAAAUCGUUUUAAAAAAGGUAACAAUUAAAAAUAAAAAAUUGUUUAUUAUACAAUCCCGUCUUAUGCGGUGUAUUUAUUAACAUGUUAAAAUUAAGGAUUUACUCGUCAAAAAGGACUUCUUUAUUAUUAUAUAAUUACAAAUAUAAAUUAUUAUAAAUCUAACAACGAAUGUAAAUGCUCAAGUUAGGAUAAAACCUAAAACCUAUCUUGUGCGUAUUAUUUAAAUAGACGCUUUAUAAUUAAUGUGUACAUUUAGUUUUUAAUUAAAUAUGGUAAAUAACAAUGUACAGUAGGUGAUUUAUUUGUAAUUUAUUAUACUCAUUAAAUAGCUUUAAUGUCAGAUUUAAUGUAAGUUAUCGUAGAGUAAUAGAUAACUAUAUUGUCUUGUAUGUAAUUUGUAAGUUCAAUAAAAUAAUAUAACUCUUAACGAAAAUCACUAUUUUUGAAACUCUUGUUUGAAUAGUUCAGGAAGAUUAAACUAAGAUUGUGGUUUAUAAAUAAAUCCACAUAAUAUUUUACCUUGCAUGAACUACAUUUUCUGUCGAAUUCAUUUUUGCAAAAAAAAAAAAUAUUUAAAUAAUGAGAUUUUUUUCAGCAAUUAUUUUUGUAAUACUUCAAGACAGGUAGCCGAAACGAGUGAAUAACGCUAUUGUUGAAUUAUAUUGACACUGUGUGUUAAAACUCAAUAAAUAAUCUACAUAGAAGAAAAAGGAAAA